AUGAAUCCCUUCCAGAAAAACGAAUCCAAAGAAACCCUUUUUUUGCCUGUCUCCACUGAAGAGGUGCCACCUCAAUCCUCCAACUUUCCAAAGAAACCAUCUCCGAAAAUCUGUGGCUCCAACUAUCCACUGAGUAUUGUCUUCGUUGUGGUGAAUGAAUUCUGUGAGCGCUUUUCCUAUUAUGGCAUGAAAGCUGUGCUGACCCUGUAUUUCCUGUAUUACCUGCACUGGAGUGAAGACACUUCCACGUCUGUGUACCACGCCUUCAGCAGCCUCUGUUAUUUCAUUCCUAUCUUGGGAGCAGCCAUUAUUGACUCAUGGUUGGGAAAAUUCAAGACAAUCAUCUGUCUCUCCUUGGUGUAUGUGCUUGGCCAUGUGAUCAAGUCUAUGAGUGCCUUACCAAUACUGGGGGGACAAAACUUACACGUGAUCCUGUCAAUGGUUGGCCUGAGUCUAAUAGCUUUGGGGACAGGAGGUAUCAAACCCUGUGUGGCAGCUUUUGCUGGAGACCAGUUUGAAGAAAAACAUGCAGAGGAACGGACUAGAUACUUCUCAGUCUUCUACCUUGCCAUCAAUGCAGGGAGCUUGAUUUCUACAUUUGUCACACCCAUGCUGAGAGGAGAUGUGCAGUGUUUUGGAAAGGACUGCUAUGCACUGGCAUUUGGAGUUCCAGGACUGCUUAUGCUGAUAGCUCUUGGCAAGUGCAUUGUGUUUGCAGUGGGAAGUAAACUAUACAGAAAACCACCUCCUGAAGGAAACAUACUGAAUCAAGUGGUCAAAUGUAUCUGGUUUGCUAUUUCCAGCCAUUUCAAGAACCAUUCUGGGGACAAUCCUAAGAAAGAGCACUGGCUGGACUGGGCAGCUGAGAAAUACCCAAAGUGGCUCAUUAUGGAUGUAAAGGCACUGACCAGGGUAGUGUUCCUUUAUAUUCCAUUGCCCAUGUUCUGGGCACUUUCGGAUCAGCAGGGCUCACGAUGGACCUUGCAAGCCUCCAGGAUGAAUGGGAAUUUGGGUUUUUUCGUGCUUCAGCCUGACCAGAUACAGGUGCUAAAUCCCUUUUUGAUUGUUAUUUUCAUCCCACUGUUUGACCUUGUCAUUUAUCGUCUGGUCUCCAAGUGUGGCAUGAACUUCAUAUCGCUUAGGAAAAUGGCUGUCGGUAUGAUAUUAGCAUGCCUGGGCUUUGCAGUUGCUGCUGCUAUAGAGAUAAAAAUUAAUGAAAUAGCCACAUGCCAGCCAGAUUCCCAAGAAAUUUUCCUUCAAGUCUUGAAUCUGGCAGAUGAUGAGGUCAAAGUAACAGUGCUGGGUGAUGAAAAUAAUACUCUGUUGGCAGAGUCCAUCAGAUCCUUUCAGAAUAUGCCACACUAUUCCAAACUCCACCUGAAGACAAAAAGGCAGAAUUUCUACUUUCAACUGAAAUAUCACAAUGUGUCUGUCUACACUGAGCAUUCUGUGGAGGAGAAAAUGUGGUACACUCUGAUCAUUCGAGAAGAUGGGGAAAGUAUUUCUAGCAUGAUGGUGAAGGAUGAAGAAAACAAAACAACUGAUGGGAUGACAGUUACAAGGUUUGUUAACACUUUGCAUGAAGAGGUCGACGUCUCCCUGGGUACAGAUGCAUCCCUCAUUGUUGGUGAAGACUAUGGUGUGUCUGCUUACAGAACUGUGCAAAGAGGAGAAUAUCCUGUGGUGCAUUGUAGAACAAAGAAUGAGGAUUUUUCACUGAAUUUGGGUCUACUAGACUUUGGUGCAGCUUAUCUGUUUGUUAUUACAAAUAGAACCAGUCAGGGUCCUCAGGCCUGGAAGAUGGAAUACAAAAUGUCCAUCGCAUGGCAGCUACCACAAUAUGCCCUUGUUACAGCUGGGGAGGUCAUGUUCUCUGUCACAGGACUUGAGUUUUCUUAUUCUCAGGCUCCCUCUAGCAUGAAGUCUGUACUCCAGGCAGCCUGGUUGUUGACGAAAGCAUUUGGGAAUAUCAUUGUGCUUAUUGUGGCGCAGUUCAGUGGCCUGGCCCAGUGGGCCGAAUUCAUUUUGUGUUCCUGUCUCAUGCUGGUGGUCUGCCUGAUCUUCUCCAUCAUGGGAUACUACUAUGUUCCUUUAAAGCCAGGGGAUGUUCAGGGGUCAGCAGAUAAGCAGACCCCCCAAAUCCAAGGAAAUAUGAUCAACCUGGAAACCAAGAAGACAAGGCUCUAA